AUGUCUGGCUCGCCUCCCCCCACGAACAACAGGUCCAAGAGGAGGGCCAAGAGGCCUCGCCUGUCCGCCGACGUCGAGGUCACGUCUCAAGUCAUCCCAGCUCCCACCCUCCGUCCAGCCACCAUCCGUAGCUACGCGGCAGGCUCCUCACCGAACGAGAGCCAAAGUUACAGUAGCGCCUCGUCAACGAGCACUCUCACGUCUAUCCCACCGGACAGUGAACCCAUCCUGGUCCAAACCGAGCUCAAGACCACCCCUUCGCCUCAACCUGCGCUCCCCCCACCAGUGAUUCCGUGCUUUUGCGCUCAGUGCCGCCAGCGCCCCGCAGACCCCUUGACACCGAUCAGCGACACCACAGGCCUCUACUCAACGCCCACAGGUCCUUGCGUCCCACGCACAGAACUGCCAGCGCCCUCGUCUGAGCCACUGCCCCCGUGGCCCAGCCCCAAUUCCAGUCCCGACAACGACAAUAACAACGAAUCCCACAACCAGGAAGUGCUCCACGGCUACAUUUUUGAGACCGUCACAAGCAUUCUCGCCACUUCCAAGCUCAGUUACCAGCAACAGGCCGAGGUUGUGAGUGGAGUCACCGACCAGCUCUCUCGCACCUAUCCUCUGCCGGCGACCGCUGUUGCCCCCCGGCCCUUGCUCCGGAUCGUAGCCAAGCUGCCACCGUCGCCCACGUCUCCAACGCUUUCCUUACUCCAGGUCCCCGUCCUCCCGACCCUCACGCCCCCCGAGAGCCCCAACGUUCUCGCCAUUGAACUGGGCAUCGACACUGCUGCAAGCCCCUGCGUCCCCACAGAGUUUGCUCCUGGGCAAGAGCCAAAGUGGUCGGACUUCUGCCACACCAUUCCCGCAUCGCCGACCAUGAGCACGAUCUCGUCUGUCGGGACUGACUGGAAGCCUUCGGGGACCAACUGGGACGGCGAAGAGUGGGCUCAAGGCGUGGGAGAAAGAGAUACGAGACACAGCUCAUCACUGGAGCUGGACUUCACGCUGUAA